AUGGAUAUUGGUGGAUCAUAUAGGGCAUUAGGUGGACCUAAUAUUACUAUUCGUGAAUUAACCAAAGAAAGUAUUAAUUUUGUACUUAGUGAUACUGACUUGAGUGUUGCCAAUUCACUUCGACGUGUGAUGAUUGCUGAAGUUCCUACAGUUGCUAUUGACAUGGUGGAAAUCGAAACAAAUACAACAGUCCUUGCUGAUGAGUUCUUAGCACAUCGGUUAGGUAUGGUACCUAUUGACAGUCGAGAAGUUGAAAAAUUACGUUAUACACGGGAUUGCACUUGUUCCCAAUAUUGUCCAGAAUGUUCAGUAGAAUUAACUCUUCAUGCCAAAUGUACAGAAGAUCGAACAAAAGAAGUCACCAGUCGAGACUUAAUCACCUCCAAUCCUGCCUUUGUUCCUGUUGCUCAAGAUAAAAAUGAUACUGGGAUUCUUCUUGUCAAGUUAAGAAAAGGACACGAAUUAAAACUAAAGUGUAUUGCAAAGAAGGGUGUGGCCAAGGAGCAUGCUAAAUGGAGCCCAGUCAGUGGUGUAGCAUUUGAAUAUGAUCCUCAUAACAAAUUAAGGCAUACAACAUAUUGGUUUGAAGAAUCUGAAGCUGAAUGGUAA